GCUGGUGUUUCCUUCCCAGGGAGAUAUGCUUCGACGGGUCAUUUCACAGGGAGCGCAUCUCCGUAGAGUUAUUGUUGGUUUCGAUUGUGUGGAAUCGGGACUCCCGGCCCUGCUCAAGAUACAGAAGUCAAGCUUCGGUACAUCGGGCCGGCUCGUGGCAUUAUCGUCUAUCGAAUACGAAAAACAGAGCAAGAUCACUCUGGACAACUUGUGCGAGUAUUUCGAAACAAUCUUAGAGAGCGUUGAAGAUUCCGACGUGAACUUGAGUGAUGGCGUUCUGACUGUUAAAUUAGGAGAUGAUCUCGGAACCUACGUAAUCAACAAGCAGAGUCCGAACAAGCAAAUCUGGCUCUCUAGUCCCAUCUCCGGACCAAAAAGAUACGACUUCGUGUCCUCGAAGUGGGUCUACAAACACGACGCGAGUGAGCUGUAUGCGCUGCUGACGGAAGAAUUGCGGGGACUUCUUAGGAAUAGUGAAAUCGAUUUCAAUAAUAAUUGCCGGUAGGCAUAACGUCGAUAGGCUGUUAUAUUUCGAAUAAAAUCUGUACA